UGAGUGAGGAAUCCAAAUCCAUAUUAUGAAAAAAAAAACUGUCGAUUAAAUAAUAAGGAUCGAUUUCAUACAAUAAAUUUUUGAACUGCUCUACGGCAUCCAACAUUUAAAACCCUUUGUGGUCGACUUUGAUUUCUGGGUUUCACUAAUUUAUGUGAUAUCAAUAUAUUAAAAAUAAUUUAAUUAUGGUCAGAAAAAACUUGAUCUGAUGUUUCAACAUCCUCAAUAAAUAGACCAAAAUGCAAAACUAAGUCUAAAAUAUGACCAUGAACAUGAGUGGGUUUAUGCACUUGCUGUAUAAGAUUAAAAGAAUCAAUUACAUUGAAAAAAUCCCUUACCAAUGGAUUUGUAAGACAGCACACUUGUAUGUUAAAAUCACCCACUAACAUGGACUUGCCAGUAAAAUCCACUGAUGAGACAAAUUAAAAGGGUGCCCAGUGAAAGAUAAUUUCUCUUCCCGCUUGAAUAAUGGAUUAGUAGAAUGAGAGUAGAUCACCUUGGAGGAGGUAAUACAUAAGCUGAAGUCUUACCUAAGGAGGUAAGACUUCAGCUUUACCGCAAAGCCACUUGGCCGCCCGCAUCUCCUGCGAUGUCGGCGAUUAAAAAGCGCACAGCGGUCGGAAACAGACGAAACGGGAACGAACAGGUGGAAGGUAAUUGGUGCCGAAUCGUUUCUGCAUGCAAAAGCGUGCUCCCUCCAUUGAUGAUUUAAUAUCAAAAAGCAUUUGCCGGUCAUAUGUUAACAGGGCAGAAGAGUUUAUCACACAGAAAGACAUAAUCACAAAUAAAACAAAGACAAAGUCGCAAAGCGAAAGACGGCACGCCACAUACACCGGCGCCAUCUUGACACGUCACACGUUAUUAAAUUUAUUUGAACUUUACCAUAGUACAGAGCUAAUUUUGUAGCAUAUGUUUGACUUUUAUUUCCACUUUUAAAAGCCUCUUAUACUUUGUACUUUUAUAUCUAUUAUUGUUCAAUGAAACUGACAUUUAACAAAAAGAGGCAGAGUUGUGCUUAUUGUCGCGCUUUAUCAUCGAUCGCUACUUUCCGGCUUACACCACGCCUAUCAAAUCCAUGUGACACUAUUAUAAAGAUGGAGUUUAUUAAAGAGGAGAGUGAAGACUUGAGGAUUGAAGAAACAUUCAGAGUCAAACAGGAAGAUACUGAGGAACAAACAGACCUGAUGACACUGAAAGAGGAGAGUCAAGAACUCAAAAAAAAGGAAGAUAAUGUUCAGAAUGAGAAAUAUGGUUUCGUGACUGGAGAAGAAUCAUUUAGUUGCUCACAUACUGAAAAGACUUCACGAAAAAGAGCUCAAAAGACAGCAAAUAGACGUUACUUCACCUGCCAACAGUGUGGAAAAAGUUUUACUGAAAAAGGAAACCGUAAUGUUCACAUGAGAAUUCAUACUGGAGAGAAACCUUACACAUGUUGUCAAUGUGGAAAACGUUUUACAUAUAAACAACACCUCGAUGACCACUUCAGAAUUCACACUGGAGAGAAACCUUUCACCUGCCCUCAGUGUGCAAAGAGUUUCACUCAAAAAGGACACCUUAAAGACCACAUGAGAACUCACACCGGAGAAAAGCCAUUCACCUGCAAACUGUGUGGAAAGAGCUUCAUUCGAAAAUCAAACCUUAGCAAACACAUGAGAAUUCACAGUGGAGAGAAGCCUUACACGUGUUCUCAGUGUGGAAGAAGUUUUACACACAAACAAAGCCUCAAUGACCACAUGAUGAUUCAUACUGGAGAGAAACCUUUCAGCUGCCAACAAUGUGGAAAGAGUUUUGCUCAAAAAGGAAACCUUAAGAAGCACAUGAAGAUUCACAAUAGAGAGAAGGCGUUUACAUGUGAUGGACGUAAAGUUGCUCUUUAACAGUGUGAUCCGUGUUCAGUGUGUCAUGUGAUUAAAUUCAAAUAUGCUUUAAUUCAGAUAUAUUUGGUUGGUGCUGAGCCAGAGAUGGAUGAGCUUAGCACUUGUCAUAUCCCUUACGAAAAUUAACCAUGGCUUUACUAUAGUAAAACUGUAGUAACCAUGACUGUAAUAAGUGUGUUUUCUAUGUAUGAUGAGUAAUAUUGAAAAGUGUAUAAGGGUGUGUUCACACUUGUAGUUCGGUUCGUUUGGUUCAUUUGGUCCCGACCAAAAAGGAAAAUGAUACAUUUGGUCGGCUUGAAUGACGUAUAUAUUGUGACGUAACUUACCGAACACCCCAAACAAAAGGUGCGUUAGACUUAAAGCGGCGCUGCGGGUGUAUGAUAUCGAAGCACCCAUUAACUGAUCGGUCUGUUCAUCGCCACUUUAAGUCGAACACACUUAAUGCUGCCUGCUGGACUAAGUGCGCUCAUUGAUGCGUGUACAUAUAAUUUUAUUUUCACCACCUGUAAACUCACAAGGAGCUCAUAAAAGGCACUUAACCUCAACGUUGCGCCACGUUUGCCCUCUGCUCAUUUUGUUUUGGUUACACUGCGCAUUCCGUCAUCAAAUUAUGUCGCAUCUUUUGGUUUAAAUAUUUUUAUUAUUAGAAAUUUUAGCAGGCAGUCACUUGUAAUUACACUUUUUUUUAAAAUACAAACAUAUAAAACUUACAUUUCAACAAAUAAACAUUAAAAAAAGAGAAAAAAAAACAAUAGUCAUGAAAAUGAUAAUUGAACAAAAAUUUAAAUGCAUUUCCCCCACCCAAAAAUUAGACCCAUAAGUGCUUUCCAGUGGUAAAAGUAGGUACUGAAGGUAUAAUAAACAUAUUAAUCACAAUUUUGUAGGAAGGAAAUAAAAGGGGACCAAAUUUUUUCAAAUAACAAAAGCUGGUCACACUUUAUAUUAGGUGGCCUUAACUACUAUGUACUUAUAUCAAAAAAUAUGUACAAUGUACUUAUUGUGUUCAUACUGUAUUGAAAAACACUUGCUGCUAUUAAGGUGGGAUACGGGUAAGGUUAGGGACAGGUUUGGUGGUAUGAGUAAGUUUAAGGGUGGGUUUAGGUGUAAGAUAUGGGUCAACAAUGUAAUUAUAAAUGUAAUUUCAGAAAUUAAUUAUAUGUAGGUAUUUUUACAACUAUAAGUACAAUGUAAAAACAUGUAUGUACACAAUAAGUGCAUUGUAUCAAAUUAUUAAUUCAAAUUUAAGUACAUAGUAGUUAAGACCUCCUAAUAUAAAGUGGGACCCAAAAUCUUGUCUAUUAGGGUAUACCUGAUUCUUUCCAGAUGUAGUGUACCUGUUAACUCUCAGCAAUUUAAGAGUUGGAACUUCUUUUUUCUUCCAAAGAAAAAGAACGGAAGGAUAAGUUUUUUGGCAGAGAUCAACUCAUAUGAAACAAACUGUUGUACCCGUGUAAGUCUCAAAAAUUCUUUGGAAAUUCCAAAUAUAAUUAAUAUAGGAUCUGAUUCAAUGGGAAUGUUCAAUGUAUCUGAAAAAACUUGGAAUAUUUUGUUCCAGAAACUGUAAUUUAGGACACAAGGAAUAUAUAGGAAUGAGACAGGUUGGAAUCUAAAAACCGACAUUUGUCACACAAUGGAGACACUUCUGGAAAUAUUUUAUUCAAUUUACACUUGGAAUAAUGAAGCCUAUGAAGCACUUUAAACUGAAUGAGACAAUAUCUUGCAUUAAUGGAACAUCUGUGGACCAGUUCAAGACACUGUUCCCAAAAUUCACUAGGAAUUUCUACUGCAAGUUUAUCUUCCCAGGCAGAUUUAAUGUUCUCCAUAGAUGGACUUUUCACCUGUUCUAAACCCUUGUAGAGCAAGGAGAUGGUACUACCAUCUCUAAGACAUCUUUCCAGAAGUGUGUCCAGAUACAUGGGUGUAGCUGUGACAUAAUUAGAAAUGUUAGACUUCACAAAGUCUCUUAUUUGAAGAUACCUAAAGAAGUGAUUAGAAAGAAUACUGUAUUUCUCACACAGCUGCUGAAAGGAAGCAAAUUUUCCAUUUACAUAUAAAUUCCCUACGUUUCGUAACCCUAAAUUUAUAAAUAUAACAUCGAAGGGCAAAAAGAAGGGUUAGCUGAAAUGGAGAGCAAAAAUGACAUUUGGAUGAAUUUGAAAUGUGUCUUUAACGGUUUCCAAAUACGAACCGAAUUAUGAAUACCAGGGUUAUGAUUAUAAAGUGAACUAGCUAUACCUUUGGGUGAUAAAAGUAUUGCAUUAAUAGAAUAUGGGAGACAUUCCUCCUGUUCCAACACCAACCAAUUCUCCCCUUCCGGAGUAAAAUCUAUCCAUGAAGUCAAGGCCUUCAGGUUUGCAGCCCAAUAAUAGUAAAGAAAAUUAGGUAGGUCGAGUCCUCCCUGUAUUUUGGUUUAUAUAAGUGGUGUUUAGAAAUCAAACUUUAUAAAAGGAACUUUAUAGUUCCAGACAAAAGGAACCAGGAUAGAGUCCAUUUAAAAAAAAAAAAAAAAAAGAUUUGGGCAGGAAUACAGGAAUGUUCUGCACUAUAUACAAAAACUGCGGGAGAAAUAUCAUUUUAAUUGCGUUUACCCUACCCACAAGAGAAAUAGGAAGUGUUCUCCAGAAAUUGAUCAUGGAUUUAAGUUUAGACAACAGGGGUUGAAAAUCGGCCUUAACUUAGUUGGAAAACUUUUUUGUCUCCUCAAUUCCUAGGUAUGUGAAUUGUUCUGAAGCAAUCUUAAAGGGCAAAUACUGAAGCCGAGAGGAAUCUUUGAUAGUGAUUGGCAUCAACACGCUCUUGUCCCAAUUAAUUUUAUAUUCUGCAAAUGUACCAUAGUAAUUAAUCAAAUUAAGGAUAUUUAGAAUGCUACUAUCGGGCUCAGAAAUAAAUAAAAUUACAUCAUCUGCAUAUAAUGCUAAUUCAUUAGCAUUUAACUCCAGUAUGUGUACUAAUAGCCUCAGCUAAAGGCUCAAUGGCUAAUGUAAACAAAAGUGGUGACAGUGAACACCCCUGUCUUGUACCACGGUGUAAUUCAAAACGAGAAGACAUUGUUUGAUUUGUGAGAAUUCUUGCACACGGACUAGAGUACAACAAUUUAAUCCAUGAAAUGAAAUAAUCUCCGAGAUUAAACUUCUUCAAUACGGCAAAUAGGUAAGGCCACUCAAUUUGAUCGAAUGCCUUCUCUGUAUCCAAUGACAGAAUGUCUAGAUCUUGCUGCAAGCCUCUGGAAGAAUAAAUGAUAUUAAAAAGCCGCCUGAGAUUAAAGGAAGAGUUCCGUUUUGGUAUGAAGCCAUUUUGAUUUGGAUGUUUACGUUUCUAAUUACUGUGUUUAGUCUGCAUGCCAACGUUUUUGCCAGAGUUUUUUUUUUUUUUUAUCCGAAUUUAAGAGUGAAAUAGGUCUAUAAGAACCCAGUUCCUCUGGGUUCCUUCCUUUUUUUUGGGACCACAGUAAUAAUUGCUUCGUUUAGGGAGGACGGCAGAGACUGAUCUAUAAAUGACUGUUUAUAAAUCCUAUAUAAAUAAGGUGAUAGUAAUUCGUUGCAGGCUUUACAGAAUUCAUUACAAAAUCCAUCUGGACCAGGUGUUUUACAUCUUUUUAGAGAUUUUAUGGUACCUGAUAUUUCUUUAAUAGUAAUUUCCGCACCUAACUCCUCAACUUGCUCUUGAUUUAAUGAGGGUAGAUUUUGUUGGUCUAGAAACUGAGCAGUAACUGUAGGGUCUAUAUUUCCUUUAGACAAAUACAGUGUCUCAUAGAAUCUUCAUGAUAAUAGUUAGUGAACAAUUUUCCAGUAAAAAAAAAAAUAAAAAAUGUUUUUAAUUUAUGCUAUCUCACAGAAUGUCCAUUAACAGUGCCUACAGUCCUUGUCAGACAUGCAGCUUUUCCUUUAUUUUAGUGGUAUUGGGCUUAUGUAUAAAUGGAAUAAGGACCAAAUGAUGGCAGCACAACGUCAGUGCUUGGUGAUGCAGCUUCUUCUCAGUUCCACCUAAAGCAGUUUUUGUUAAUGUAAUGGGAGUCAUACUGUUGCAAUAGAGGAUUCUCUCUUUUUUGUUUCAUUUACCUUGCUGACUUCACAACAUGCACACAAAUAUGAAUUGUACAUACUUUGCUAUAUUUGCAGUACUCCUGGUAUGUUGUCAUGGAGGCUCCAUUUGAUUUCAAAAUUGUAAGUAUAAAUUCAGUAAUUAUAGAUAUGGGGAUUUGGUCCAGAGAGGGGCACUCUGUGGUCCUUCCUGAGAUUUAUUCCCUUUUUUACCUUUGGGUUUUUUUGGGAGGAGUUUUUUUUUUUUUCUUCUUCUUCCUGCUAUGUUGGGCCUCCAUAUUAACUUAACUUGCAACUUGACUUGUAAAUUUAUUGUACUCUGGUCUUUUUUUCAGCAUGACAUGCCUUGCUUAAGGAGGUGGUGGUGCACAAUGUUGGUGGAGAAUCUAGAGAUUGAAGGGUACCUGUGUCUUUAAAAAAUCAAGACAAACUCAAGAUAUUUUUAUCUGUAAUCGGGCCGCAAGGUAAACAUUGAAUUUUUAUAAAUUUAAUACUACAACCAUGGCCGGAGAUUUGUCCACUUUACCAAGCAGGGAAUAGAUGGCCAGGGGAAGUCUGGACCCAAUUUUCCGCAUCCCUAGGAAGAGGAAAUAUGAGGUUGCCAUGGUAAGAAUUAUGGCCAAAUUUUUACAGGCCCAAAAACUUGGUCUAAAGAUAUAAUUGUAAUUCUUGUGCUUUACGUGUACUAAGCUAUUAUGUAAUAUGCAUCUUACUGCCUUCAUGUAAAGAAACCUGUCCUCUCAAACCCAUGCGAGGUGAAGAAGCCAUGCAGAGUAGAGUCCUCUUCGGAGGGAAUAGGCAUUUUGCAAGCAUGUAUCUAGAUUUGAUUUCCUUCCUGUGAGGGAGUUUAACAGAGGUGCUUCACGUCUAAAAACGGAUCACAGUUAGUUAUGUGCUCUCCACGUACACAUGCCAGCUUCCCACUGCUUACAUACUGUAUCUUAAUCCAAGAUGCAACAACAACUACAUAUAUGCUAUUUGAAGGACACAAAUGUGAACGGUACAGAGCAUGCAAAUUAAGAGUGGUCCAUUUUCCUGGUCCAAGAUGAUGAUGAUAUUGAUGAUGAUGAUACCUGAUAUUGAGCCUACUGAUUUUGCAGUGACUUGUGUUUUAUGUUCACAGUUACCUGAGGACAUUUUGCACAUGAUCUUCAUCCUUGUGGUGCUAGAAGAUGGUGACCCUGCAAUUCAUACCCUGGCUCUCACGUGCACACGUUUCUGGAGGAUAGCGAGAGAGAAAUCCUUUCGGGAGGAAGCGCACCUCUGCUGGCUUGACAGUGUGGUGAACUGGAAAGCAUUUUCAGAGCAUAGAAGGACCUACCGAACUCCAUAUCGAAUCUCCUGUUACAUUCAGUGCAAUUAUCUCUACAAAGACUGUGAAGGCUACAGGGUAUGUGGGCAGAGGGGAAAACUACAAGGAUUCUACUCCGACAAUGAAUUUGCAGGAUACUGCAGCGUUGAAUGUUUUUAUGAGGCUGGAGGCACUUUGUAAUAACUGAUUUUCUAUUGGAUGUGAUUUUCUAUUUUACAUGAUAUAUGCAUGUUAGAAAGGCUCAGACUACAUGCAUUUCUACAUAUUUCUUUGAUCUCAGUUCUAUAAAACUGAAAGCACUUUAUAUGGCAGUUAAUAAAUUCAGUAUACAAAGAAUUUAUUAUUUUUUUGUUGUUGUUGUUAUUUUUUCCACAGAUAUUGUGAUGAAUUGUAGGUGUCCGUUUCAGUAAAUCUAAAUGCAAAAUGCACUGUAAGGUAGAGGUCUGCAAGCCCGUCGGGUCCCGACGGAGCCCGACAGGCCGAGUCCAUUCGGGCCGGGCUCGGGCUUUUUUUUUUAUUUUUUACAGGUCGGGCUCGGGCUCAUUUAGCUUCUCUCCUUUUAUUGUGCCCAUAUACGCGCAGAGCACACAUGGCUAAUUAAAUACUGAUUAUAUUAUAAAUAUUAUACAUCGCCUAAGCAAUACGCAAUGCAUACGCACACAUUAGCAUACAGGUGACCAUGCAGAGCAUCAGGAAGAAGUUGGAGCGUGGAGUUACAAAAAGUUCCCAAUGCUUCGGGAAAAGCUGCAUUUUUGAUCAGCCAUACAUUUGAUGAUGAUCCUGACUCGCCAUCUCCUCACUGGAUGUGCCUUUAGAGAGAAAUGCAUCUUUAGGGAUUUUAUAAUGAAAGAGUUUUUGUUUUCGAUUUGAAUUAUUUUGUUUUAAAGUAGUAAUUCAAAGCUUUCUAUAGAUACUAUAUUUAUCAAGUCAGUGAGGCAAGUAGGCUAUAUGCUGUGUUUCGGUUUUUCAGAAGCGCUCCGCUUGCUCAAAACCGAAAUUGCUUCUUUUUUUUAAUAAAAGCACGUUUUGUUGAUAUUGUGAGUGCACACAAAUAAAAGUAGACCCUUUACAGUUCCGAACAACGUAGCCUUUUACUCUUACCUUUAUGAGCAAAAAUGACAGCGUAUUUUGAAAUGUUUCCAAUGCAAGUGAUCGUUCUGGCGCGUCCUGUAAAGCGUGCUUCAGCUUCCACUCUCCGCACAAACUACUGGAUAUGCAUCAGUGCACAUUUAUCUAGCUCAAGCGUUUAAACUAACAUUGUGGAGCUGUUUUAUAAUUAUAGAUUUAAUUUUAAGUCGUGAUGAUUUGAGAAAGCUAAAUUGAGCAAACAUAGGCUAUGAUCAACUCGCUGUCUGCCGCUGACCGCUUGGUCGUAACUUUAAAAAACAAAAACUUACAUUUAACGAAUAAAAAAAAUGCUCCAAACGUUUUUCUAAAUUAACUUCAUAAAAUAACGAAACGAAAUACAAUCACUUUGCCAUUUCAUACAAAACUGAACUAUUUUAAUAGCUGAAACAGUAGUAGAUAAGCUGUUUUGGGAGAAGGGGGAAAAAAGACGGGCUCGGGCCGGACUCGGGCCGAGAAUUCUGAUGAGCUGUCGGACACGGGCCGGGCUCUACUGUAAGGUGGCACCAUUGUUAUCAUAGGCAAUGUAUGUUGACAGGCUUGUACUACGAUUCACCAUGGCAACAGGUAAAGCUGGAGGUACUUUGUAAUAAUUGAUUUUCUAUUGGACGUGUUAUAUACGUGUUAGAAAGGCUCAGACUACAUGCAUUUCUACAUAUUUGUUUGAUCUCAGUUCUGUUAAACUGAAAGCACUUUAUAUGACCGUUAAUAAAUUCAGUAUACAAUUUUUUUUUUAUUUUUUAGAUAUUGUGAUGUAUUUUAGGUGUCUCUUUCAAUAAAUCUAAACGCAAAAUGGGCUGUAAGGUGGCAUCAUUGUUAUCAUAGGCAAUGUACUGUAUGUUGACAGGCUUGUACUACGAUUCACCAUGGCAACAGGUAAAUUAAAAGCGGAACCUUAAUGGACGUAGAGAUAUUAAUCCAGGUUUAUGCAGACUGCGGACAUUUUUUUUUUUUUUUAAAGAGCCCUACUCAGAGCGGGGAAAAGUGUCGAUAAGUUAACACAAAGUUUUAUUCAGUUUUUUUUUUAUCAAUUCAUCAUUGACCAGACUUACAUUUCCUUGGGGAGUAUUGUAGAACAACAUAUUAUUCUUAAAAGCAAAUAAUACAUGAAAGCCAGAAUGCCGAGGAAGGUUAAAUUUGAAUGGAUUAUCAACUACAGAGACUACUGUAUGAAAAUGACUUAUACACUUAAAUUUAAACUCUUAUCUCAGGAAAAAUUAUUCUCACCGUUGUCUCUAUGUGAGCGACCAUCUUGCCGACAACAUCUCGUUUUGACAUCUCGCGUGGUUCUGUGUGAUUUGGACAACUUCAAGUUACGCCCCUCUCUUGCAGUCCGCAGACAGAUGCUAUUGCGGUAUGCGGCUGUACACAAAGCAGGUUUAUGAGCACGGUGCUAGCAUUAUAGGUAAGAUGAAAUAAAAAUGCCAACAACACGUUUCUGAGGACAGUCGGUUCCCUUCAGUUACUUUCACAUAAAAACAUCCGCUCCGCGUUUUGACUUGAAACUUGCAGCGCUCAUAUUUAUUCAAUGACAUCAUUGCCUUUUGAUGUUUAAUCCAGCCGUAUCGUGACUUUUAUCUUUCCGUCCCCAACUGUAAGACCUCUUGAAAUUACAAUUAAGACAUUUCUUAUUCUAUUUAACGCAUUUAAACUUUUUUUAUGGCCUUAAGUUUGAUACAACUCACUUUCAGAGUUUUUAAGGACCCGCGGGAUCUGUAUUUAAGGAGCCCGUCGGGCAGGGCAGUGAUACAUUUUGGUAGCCCGACUGGACAAUAGCCCCGGGUCGUCGGGGUUAGCGAUUUUGCGAGCCCUGCAUAGGCUUACUUCCAUGUUGAAGAAUAAGAUGAAUCCUGCUUCCUGUUAAGGUACUGACUGGUCACAUGACAGGUCAACCAUACAUUUCCUACAGAAACAUACACACUUAAGACGGUAAGAGGAAUAAAAUGGACUAAGAAAACAUGUAAACUAGUUAAAACUAUUAUCUGUA